AUGUCCGGAUACGCAGGUGGUGCCCAUUACGAUGACGGCUACGGCCACGCGGCCCAAGGCGACGCCUACUACCAGGACGAACACCAUGCGCAGGGUGAACAUGCACAGGGUUAUUAUGACAAUAACCAGGAAUACGGCGAUGGAUACUAUGACCGAGGAAGCUACGGACACGAAGCUGGCCAGGCCUACGCCGAGGGUGGCUACUACGAAGGUGGUGGUCAUCAGGAUGAAUACUACGGCGAUCAAUACUACGAUCAAGCAGGCGGUCCGGCUCGCCAUGGAGGCUCUGAGGAGGAUUCCGAGACUUUCAGCGACUUCACCAUGAGAUCUGAGACCGCCCGUGCGGCCGAUAUGGAUUACUACGGUGGACGCGCUGACGAUCGAUACAACAGUUAUGCCGACAGCCAAGGAGGGUACGGUGGUUACCGUCCCCCUUCUUCCCAGGUCUCGUACGGUGGUAACCGAUCAUCGGGUGCAUCGACCCCUGUCUACGGAAUGGAGUACGGAAACGCGUUGCCGGCAGGCCAGCGCUCGCGGGAGCCUUACCCGGCUUGGACCUCAGAUGCCCAGAUUCCUUUGUCUAAAGAGGAGGUUGAGGACAUCUUUUUGGACUUGGUCAACAAGUUCGGUUUCCAGCGUGACAGCAUGCGUAACAUGUACGACCACAUGAUGACUCUCCUCGACUCUCGCGCCUCUCGUAUGACUCCCAACCAGGCUCUUUUGUCAUUGCACGCAGACUACAUUGGUGGACACAAUGCCAACUACCGGAGAUGGUACUUCUCCGCUCACCUCGAUCUCGAUGACGCCGUGGGUUUCGCCAACAUGAAACUUGGCAAGGCGGAUCGCAAAACUCGUAAGGCUCGCAAGGCCGCCAGGAAAGCCGCAGCACAGAACCCGGAAGAUGAGGACGGAGUCUUGGAAGCGCUCGAAGGUGACAACAGUCUUGAGGCAGCUGAGUACCGGUGGAAGACACGCAUGAACCGUAUGUCUCAGCAUGACCGUGCUCGCCAGAUUGCCCUCUAUCUGCUCGUCUGGGGAGAGGCUAACCAGGUGCGAUUCUUGCCUGAGUGUAUUUGCUUUAUCUUCAAGUGCGCCGACGACUACUAUACCUCCCCCGAGUGUCAAGCCCGCGUGGAGCCAGCUGAGGAGUUUACCUACCUUAACGAGAUCAUCACUCCUCUCUACCAGUACUGCCGUGACCAGGGUUAUGAGAUCUUUGAAGGCAAGUACGUCCGUCGUGAACGCGAUCACAACCAGAUCAUCGGUUACGAUGAUAUGAACCAGCUUUUCUGGUACCCCGAGGGUAUUGAGCGCAUUGGUUUUGAGGACAAGACUCGCCUUGUCGAUCUUCCGCCGGCUGAGAGAUGGCCCAAGCUCAAGGAAGUGCUUUGGGACAAGGCCUUUUUCAAGACCUACAAGGAAACUCGCUCCUGGUUUCACAUGGUUACCAACUUCAACCGUAUCUGGGUUAUUCACCUGUGCGCCUUCUGGUUCUUCACUGCCUACAACUCCCCUACUCUCUACGUUGGCGGCUAUCAGCAACAAUGGGACAACAAGCCCCCUGCCUAUAAGUACUUGGGUGCUGUUGGUUUCGGUGGUGUCCUGGCCGCCUUCAUUCAGAUUUUUGCUACGAUUUGUGAGUGGUGCUACGUGCCUCGCCGCUGGGCUGGUGCUCAGCACUUGCUUAAGCGCUUUUUCUUCCUUCUCGGUGUCUUCAUCAUCAAUCUUGUGCCCGGUGUCAUCAUCUUUGGUUUCGUCGACAAGUUUGGAACGGCUGCUGACGCUGUUGGCCUUGCCCUUGGUAUUGUCUCGUUCAUCCUUGCUCUGAUCACUGCAAUCUUCUUCGCAGUGCAGCCCCUUGGUGCCCUCUUUGGUAGCUACUUGCGGAAGAACGGUCGCCAGUAUGUCGCGAGUCAGACAUUCACUGCCAGCUUCCCUCGCCUGCAGGGUAAUGACAUGUGGAUGUCCUACGGUCUUUGGGUUUGCGUCUUCGGUGCCAAGCUUGCUGAGUCGUACUUCUUUUUGACUCUAUCUCUGAAGGAUCCUAUCCGUAUCCUCUCCCCAAUGACGAUUUACGAAUGCACUGGUGUGUUGUAUAUUGGCAACGUCCUGUGCCACAAGCAGCCGCAAGUCUUACUUGGUCUCAUGUUCUUCAUGGACUUGACCCUGUUUUUCCUUGAUAGUUAUCUGUGGUAUAUUAUUUGCAACACCAUCUUCUCCGUUGCCCGCUCAUUCUACCUGGGUGUUUCGAUCUGGUCUCCCUGGAGAAACAUCUUCUCCCGCCUACCCAAGCGUAUUUACUCCAAGGUCCUGGCCACCACUGACAUGGAGAUAAAGUAUAAGCCCAAGGUCCUAAUCUCGCAGGUGUGGAAUGCCAUCAUCAUUUCUAUGUAUAGAGAACAUCUUUUGGCUAUCGACCAUGUCCAGAAGCUUUUGUACCACCAGGUCCCGUCUGAGCAAGAAGGCAAGCGUACUCUUCGUGCUCCUACUUUCUUCGUUUCUCAGGAGGAUCAGUCCUUCAAAACUGAGUUUUUCCCUGCUGGAAGUGAAGCUGAGCGCCGUAUCUCUUUCUUCGCCCAGUCUUUGUCGACUCCCAUGCCUGAGCCUCUGCCCGUUGACAACAUGCCUACCUUCAGUGUGUUGAUUCCCCACUACGGUGAGAAGAUCCUUCUCUCGCUGAGGGAAAUUAUUCGUGAAGAUGAGCCGUACUCCCGUGUCACUUUGUUGGAAUAUUUGAAACAGUUGCACCCCCACGAGUGGGACUGCUUCGUCAAGGACACCAAGAUUCUCGCCGAUGAGACCUCGCAAUUCAACGGCGACAAUGAGAAGGGUGAGAAGGAUGCUGCGAAGAGUAAGAUCGAUGAUUUGCCCUUCUACUGCAUUGGUUUCAAGUCUGCUGCCCCUGAAUACACCCUUCGAACUCGUAUCUGGGCUUCGCUUCGUUCCCAGACUCUGUACAGAACUGUUUCUGGUUUCAUGAACUAUAGCCGUGCCAUCAAGCUGCUGUACCGUGUUGAGAAUCCCGAGGUUGUCCAGAUGUUUGGCGGUAACUCCGAAAAGUUGGAACGUGAGUUGGAGCGUAUGGCUCGUCGCAAGUUCCGUAUCUGUGUCUCCAUGCAACGUUAUGCAAAGUUUAACAAGGACGAGCGUGAGAACACCGAGUUCCUCCUGCGUGCCUACCCUGACCUCCAGAUUGCCUAUCUCGAUGAAGAGCCCCCAGAGAAUGAGGGCGAUGAGCCCCGCCUGUACUCUGCUUUGAUCGAUGGACACUGCGAACUCCUCGAAAACAACAUGCGCAAACCCAAGUUCCGCAUUCAACUGUCUGGUAACCCUAUUCUUGGUGACGGAAAGUCCGACAACCAGAACCACUCCAUCAUUUUUUACCGUGGUGAAUACAUUCAGUUGAUCGAUGCCAAUCAGGACAAUUAUCUGGAAGAGUGUCUCAAGAUUCGGAGCGUUCUCGCCGAAUUCGAGGAGCUCACCACUGACAACGUCUCUCCCUACACUCCUGGUAUCCCCUCCCCUGAAACUGCCCCUGUCGCCAUUCUUGGUGCUCGUGAAUACAUUUUCUCCGAGAACAUUGGUGUCCUUGGUGACGUGGCUGCCUCUAAGGAACAGACAUUCGGUACCCUCUUCGCUCGUACUCUUUCUCAGGUCGGUGGUAAGCUGCAUUACGGUCACCCUGAUUUCCUGAAUGCUACUUUUAUGUGUACUCGUGGUGGUGUCUCCAAGGCUCAAAAGGGUCUGCACCUGAACGAGGAUAUUUAUGCCGGUAUGAAUGCGCUGCUUCGUGGAGGACGUAUCAAGCACUGCGAGUACUUCCAGUGUGGUAAGGGUCGUGACUUGGGUUUCGGCUCCAUUCUCAACUUCACAACCAAGAUUGGUACUGGUAUGGGUGAACAGAUGCUGUCUCGCGAGUACUACUACUUGGGAACUCAGCUGCCUCUCGAUCGUUUCCUGUCUUUCUACUAUGCCCAUCCUGGUUUCCAUCUCAACAACAUGUUUAUCAUGCUUUCCGUGCAAAUGUUCAUGCUUGUGUUGAUCAAUCUUGGUGCUCUCAAGCACGAGACCAUCAUGUGUCGUUACGACUCGAACUUGCCCAUCACCGACCCCCUGCUUCCCACUUACUGCGCCAACCUCCAUCCUAUUGUCAAUUGGGUCAAUCGUUGCGUCAUAUCCAUUUUCAUUGUGUUCUUCAUCUCUCUUGUUCCCCUCGCUGUUCAGGAAUUGACUGAGCGCGGUGUUUGGCGCAUGGCUACCCGUUUGGCUAAGCAUUUCGGCUCUUUCUCAUUCAUGUUCGAGGUGUUUGUGUGUCAGAUUUACGCUCAGGCUGUGCAUCAGAACUUGUCCUUUGGUGGUGCUCGUUACAUCGGUACAGGCCGUGGAUUUGCAACUGCCCGUAUUCCAUUCGGUGUUCUUUACUCCCGAUUCGCUGGACCCUCUAUCUACGCCGGCGCUCGUCUCCUGCUGAUGCUGCUGUUUGCAUCUUCUACAGUUUGGACCGCUGCACUGAUUUGGUUUUGGGUAUCUCUCCUCGCUUUGAUCAUUUCGCCCUUCCUCUUCAAUCCUCAUCAGUUUGCCUGGAACGAUUUCUUCAUUGACUAUCGUGACUACCUUCGCUGGCUUUCUCGCGGAAACUCCCGGUCUCACGCUUCCUCAUGGAUUGGGUUCUGUCGCUUGUCUCGUACCAGAAUCACCGGCUACAAGAAGAAGCUCCUCGGUGUUCCUUCUGAGAAGGGAUCUGGAGACAUUCCCCGUGCGCGCAUCACCAACAUCUUCUUCAGUGAAAUCGUUGCCCCCCUGGUUGUCGUUGGCGCCACAUUUGUCCCUUACUUGUAUAUCAACUCCCGAACCAUGUUUAGUGACAAUGUCAAAUAUGCACCAAACGUCAUUGUUCGCAUUGCAAUUGUUGCAUUUGCCCCUGUCGCUGUCAAUGCCGGCGUUGCAGGCAUGUUCUUCGGUAUGGCUUGCUGCAUGGGUCCCCUCUUCGGCCUGUGCUGCAAGAAGUUCGGCGCCGUUCUAGCUGCCAUUGCCCAUGCCAUUGCCGUCAUUAUCCUGAUCGUCAUGUACCUGGUCUUGUUUGUAUUGGAAUCGUUCAGCUGGCCCAGAACUGUUUCCGGUCUCAUUGCAAUGAUGGCUAUCCAGCGUUUCGUUUACAAGUUGAUCAUCGCCCUCUGCCUGACCCGUGAAUUUAAGAAUGACGAGACCAACAUCGCUUGGUGGACUGGAAAGUGGUACGGCAUGGGCUGGCACUCUCUGUCCCAGCCUGGACGUGAAUUCCUGUGCAAGAUCACCGAGCUUGGCUACUUUGCCGCUGACUUCAUCCUCGGUCACUUUAUCCUGUUCUUCAUGCUCCCCUUCCUGGCUGUUCCGUAUGCGGACAAGUUCCACUCCGUAAUUCUCUUCUGGCUGCGUCCAAGUCGCCAAAUUCGCCCUCCUAUUUACUCCCUCAAGCAGUCGAAGCUUCGCAAGAGACGGGUGGUUCGUUUCGCUAUCUUAUACUUCUCAAUGCUUCUUCUAUACAUUGUGCUGAUUGCCGCGCCCCUGAUUAUUCACAAUGUCGGCAUUGAUGUGAGCAUGAGAAAAACGCUUUGGAAAUCCGUUGGCGUCAGUCCUGGAAAUGAGAACAACCAGCUCAUGGCCCUUUUACAGCCUUUGGACCAUGGCCUCAACGACACCCGGUCCUACCACACUGGUAGCCAUCUUCCCCAUGGUUACCCGUCUCCCAGCGCAGCAGUAUCUCCCACAGCUGGUGACAAUAACUUCCACCGUAUGCUUUAA